AUGCCACUAAAACCUUGUUUAAUGGCAUUUUAUGUCUUAAUUUAUAGCACGAUGAUUUGCCAAAUUGCUGUCGCUUUUCCGUUUUUAUUUGUUAUGAUUUUAAGCCGAUGUUCUGGUGAGGUAUUCACGAGUUCCUUUCUAGUUAAGUUCAGGGAUGACGUUAACAAUGGUGUAGCACAUCAGAUCGCUAAUAAGCAUGGCUUCGUUAAUCAUGGACCGGUGCUUGGAUCAUCGAGGGAAUAUCACUUCCAACAUCGAACGUUGCCGCAUGCACGUUCUAGGAGGAGCAUAGGGCAUAUAAGACUGCUUAAAAGAGAGUCACUGAUAAAUUCGGCGGUACAGCAAACUGGAUUUUUGCGAGUGAAACGCGGGCAUCGCAAUCUGCGCCCCCUAUCUCGUGUUCCGCCCAAUAAUCCUGCCAAUGACUUGGAGGCUUUGCACAGAGCGCCUACAGAUCCCUACUUUCCUUUGCAAUGGUACCUACGCAAUACAGGACAAAACGGCGGCAAAGCCCGAUUAGAUCUCAAUGUGCAGGACGCUUGGGCGCAGGGCAUUACAGGCAGAAAUGUUACGACAGCGAUUAUGGAUGAUGGCGUUGAUUACAUGCAUCCAGAUUUGAAAUACAAUUAUAACGUUGAAGCCAGCUAUGACUUUUCUAGUAAUGAUCCUUUUCCAUAUCCGAGAUAUACCGACGAUUGGUUUAACAGCCACGGAACAAGAUGUGCUGGUGAAGUUGCAGCAGCGCGAGACAAUAAAGUUUGUGGAGUUGGCGUCGCUUACAACUCGAAAAUUGCCGGCAUACGAAUGCUUGAUCAACCAUAUAUGACCGAUUUAAUCGAAGCUAACUCCAUGGGUCACGAACCACAUAAAAUCCAUAUCUACAGCGCUUCAUGGGGACCCACAGACGAUGGUAAGACGGUGGAUGGACCACGUAAUUCUACCAUGCGCGCCAUAGUGAGAGGAGUCAAUGAGGGCCGGAAUGGUUUGGGAAACAUUUAUGUGUGGGCUUCCGGUGACGGUGGUGAAGAAGACGAUUGCAACUGUGAUGGCUACGCUGCAUCUAUGUGGACAGUAUCCAUCAACAGUGCCAUUAAUGAUGGACAGAACGCGCACUACGACGAGAGCUGUUCCAGCACGCUUGCUUCCACUUUCAGUAAUGGUGCCAAAGAUCCCAACACUGGAGUGGCUACAACAGAUCUAUAUGGAAAAUGUACUACAACGCAUUCAGGUACUUCAGCCGCUGCGCCGGAAGCUGCAGGAGUGUUUGCACUCGCGUUAGAAGCCAAUCCGCAACUGACAUGGCGUGAUAUUCAGCAUCUCACAGUUUUGACAUCGAAAAGAAAUUCAUUAUUUGAUGCAAAAGGACGGUUUCAUUGGACAAUAAACGGUGUGGGUCUUGAGUUCAACCACUUAUUUGGAUUUGGGGUACUGGAUGCUGGUGCAAUGGUACGUCUAGCUAAACAUUGGAAAACAGUGCCGCCAAGAUAUCAUUGUGAAGCCGGAUCUAUAUUUGAGCCAAACCAAAUUCCUUCAGAUCGAUCAUUAGUGCUAAAAAUUACAACGGAUGUGUGCGCUGGUACUGACACUGAAGUACGAUAUUUAGAACAUGUACAGGCAAUUAUUAGCGUAAAUGCAAGCAGAAGGGGUGAUUUAGAAAUGUUCUUAACAUCACCCAUGGGUACAAGAUCAAUGAUAUUAAGCAGAAGACAGAACGAUAAUGACCAAAGGGACGGUUUCACUAAAUGGCCAUUUAUGACCACACAUAGUUGGGGCGAAUAUCCAAAAGGAACAUGGAUUUUAGAGGUGAGAUUCAACUCGAAUCAGCCCCAGUCGGGAUGGUUACGCGAAUGGUCGCUUGUACUGCAUGGAACAAGGGAGCCCCCAUACGAUUCAUUACCUCCGGCAGCCCCUCACUCAAAACUCGCCCUGGUCAAAAAAGCACACGAAGAAAAGAAUUCUUAAUCAAUUUAUUUAA